ACGAAAAGAAAUAGAUUUUCGUCGUCGCAAUCGAUUCCGAAAUGGUGAUAGCAGUAAAAAAUAUUUUCUUUCUAUCAAAUUGAUUCGGUGAAUUCGGUAAAAAUCUAAAUCGAAUACAAAGAAAUGUGAUUUAUGAUUGGAAAAAUACAGUGCACGCAAUCACAUUCCAAAAAGUAUUAGUGCAAUGUAUGUGCGGUUUCGCUGUUCUCUUUCCCAAUGAAAAACUAGACAAAAAAUGAAAGUUCGGAACGAGGAUGUAUUGAGCAAACCAUGAAAUGAGAAAGUGAUAAUUGAAUCUUACCCGACUAGUGAACUGCAAUAAAAACAAGAAUCUGCACUAGGACUAAAUAGGUUUAGCUACGCAAAUUGAUUUUACGUAUCGCGAAGCAAUGGACGAAGAUGCUCUGAUUGCUCGAGCGAAGGAAGAACGGGCUAAAAUUUUUCAACGCUAUGAUCUCGGUCGAGAACCGGGUGCCGUUAUCGAUCCUUGGGAGGAUCCGGCCUUCGAAGUUUAUCAUCAAACCGAUCGUUACGGUUUCAUCCACGACAAGCGCUUACCCCAGAAGCAUGACCCGCACGAGACCAAAGCGAACGAAAUCGAGAUGGAGCGGGUUAAAAAAUGGCUCAAAAUGCUCAGCAAGUGGGGCGACAAAUCCGCCCUGGCCAAGCUGCACAAACGUGUCUACAAAGGCAUCCCGGACAGCUUGCGAUCGCAGGUUUGGAGCAAACUGCUUAAUCUGGAGAAGAUUAUGAAGGAUAGCAAAAAUCGAAACAAAUACCAGGAGAUGUUGGCUCUCGCCCGGCAGUGGGGCACCGAAGCCCGACAGAUCGAUUCGGACGUGAACCGACAGUUCCGGGAACACGUCUUCUACCGGGAACGGUACAGUAUCAAGCAGAAAAGUUUGUACAACGUUCUGGUGGCUUACAGCAUGUACAAUACGGAGGUGGGGUACUGCCAAGGGAUGUCCGGGUUGGCCGGAGUUUUGCUGAUGUACAUGGACGAAGAAGAAGCUUUCUGGGCACUAAGUAUACUGUUGGCAGACAAAAAGUACGCUAUGCACGGAUUGUUCAUAGAAGGAUUUCCAAAACUCACACGUUUUUUAGCUCACCACGACAAAAUCAUAGCCAAAUUUAUACCAAAGUUAAAGAAACAUUUCGACCAGUAUAACUUGGACUCAAUACUCUACUCGUUAAAAUGGUUCUUUGUUGUGUUCAUCGAGCGGAUACCGUUCAGUCUCUGUUUGCGAGUAUGGGAUAUUUAUCUGUUGGAUGGUGAGAAGGUUGUUACUGCUAUGGCUUACACUAUUUUACGUUUGCAUAAGUCAAAGAUUUUGAAGCUCAAAGAUAUGGAUCUGAUAGUGCAAUAUAUACAGACUAAGCUACAUGUCGAUUUCGGCUACGAUGACGAUAUCGUCAUUCAAUCACUCGAAAAAAGUAUGGAGGAAUUGCGGAAAGCCGGUUUGGAACUGCCACCACCGGCCAGUGAGAUUGAACUGCCGAAGAAACCAUUCGGAGUGUUUGUUGAACCCACAGUCGAGGCCAAGAUUGGUCGACGUAAGCAAGAAUUUUCCGACACCGAGAAAGAAGUCACCGAAACAGUAAAAAUUAAACGAGAGAUCACAACUCAGGAGAUAGCGAAUCUUAACCAAAGUAUGGUUGCCGGAGGUGGUUCCAAUAGUCAACUAAAUGCAGUGCACAUUCCCGAGUCCGAGGAUGGUGGUUCACUUUUGGGCAGCUCGCGAAAGUCUCUUGCUGAUACAUCCGUCACAUCGACCGCCGAUCUAAGUGUUCUCUCCGGUGGACAAAGUCAGCGAUCUCAGCAAGCCUUCGAGCUGUGCUACGACGAUCAUCCUAAAACCAUCGAAAGCGGAGACGAGGGAGAAAGCAGUCCCGGAUUACGGAAACGAGCGAUAAUUCUCUCUGCCAAACACAAACUUUCGGGAGGUUCUAUGUCUGCCGUCGGUUCGAUGAGUGUAGUGGCACGAAGUCCUUCGGUCCAGCUGGCAACGCCCCGAGCUAUGUCUCCUCAGGAUGUAGUACGUAUUUACGUGCCUCCGGCACCGCCCGAUGAGUUACGGAAACCCACGUCACACUCAGCUUCUACAACAACUGUGAUGGCCGCCGGAACGGCAAGCUCCGACAUAACCAAAAAAGAUUCCCCCUCUAAAAGCACCGGCAACAAUCGGAAUUCAAAUGGAUCCAAUUACUCUAGCAGUGGUACACCGAUCGUAGUGAGUCGGCAGAGUAACUAUAAUGAUGACGAAGAGGAAGAUGUUAAAACUAGAAGAAAUAGUGAAAUUGAACUGUACCAGCCAACCUAUAGCAGUGGAAGGUUUGACUACGGCAGUGACUACGGGACGACUUCAUCGAUCCAAAACUUUGCCUUUAAUGGGCGCUCUACGUCAAGCUCGAGACGUGGCAGUAUGUCACGCAAGUCUCCUGCUCCGAUGUUGGAUGGAGAGUUCAUAAUCGAGUGUAGUCAUUUGAAAGGAAGGAAGUAUGUGCCGGAUCACCACACAAGCCAGUCUAGUUUAACGCAGGCUUCGGCGAGAGUAAAGAAUGGAUCGGAAAACAAUAUUCACCGGAUGACGUCAUUCGAAGAAUUGGCUAAAAAUAAAUAUUUGAGCGGCAGCAAUAGCAGUCUAUUGAAAAACAUCAGCGAUGAUUACAUCAUUCGCCAGAUGAUACGGGCAAAGGGAAACAGGAUGACCAGAAGCGAAAUUUACGAGACGGUUGAUAGCAGUGAGAGUGGAAGCAACGAUCGAUAUGAAAUAUACGCCUCCAUCAAGUCACAACAAAUGUCUCGAGGACAUAAAAGCGAUUACAAUAUUCAAUACAAAAAUCUUUCGACAAGAAGUGGAGAGAACCACGAGUACAAUAGUAUCGAAUAUAAAACAUUCAAAACUAGGCAAGGUAGUAGGGAAAGUGGAAACGAUAGUAGCCCGUUCGAUUACGAUCUGCUGCCGGAUGGUCGCCACGAGAACACUGCUCUACGAGAUUACGAUAGAUUUUUCAACAAUGAAGAUGACGAUGAGGAUAAGCUGUUAAACAAAUCCUCGGACGAGUCUUCCACUAGUCCUCCACCACACAGACAAUUGCGCUACGCUCAGAAGAUACCACCUGUAGCCAAAAGUCCAAGCAAUGAAUCUGUUCCACUGCUCUCAUCUCCUUCAAUAGGCACUCAUAAGUCGUUUAAUGUCCCUCCAUCAUCCGCAAUUCCAGUUAGUAGUAGCAUGAAGCGCAACAAACAUUCAACGGAUUCAUUCCGAUUGGAACUGUCCUCUCCUUUAACAUCAUCAAAUCGUCGAAAUGCUAACAACUCGACCUCUUCGAACAUCGCAGCUCGACAAAAUCAGCCACAACCUGGCUCAAGGAUUCCUGUCAUCCAAUCCCCAACAUCACCGACAUCGUCCCUGCAAGGAUCGUUGCGACAGCAACGUCGCUCUAAGAUUCCAACAUCACAUCAACAAAUCUCUUCUCCCUUGUCACCCACUGGUUUUAUCCAUACUGGCAACGGAAGCAGAAUACCGCCGCCGUCCCAUUUUUCACCAACCUCCUCAGGCCCAUCGUCACUGACAUCUUCCAUACGAGGCCAACACGACCCGACCAGUAUUGGACGAUCGCGGAUAAGUUCGUCCAUUUCGGCGCACCAAAUGCACCAAACGGUUGCUGAUUCCAAUAAAAUUCGAAUCAAGGUAAAUCAAUCUCAGUCCUACAGUUCCGGUUAGAUGGCGGUAGAACGACGGUAGAAGGAACGUCAAUAACUUGUCCACCAAGUUUCGGUCAAGUUGCUCUUCAUUCCAGUAACUAGAUGGUAAGACUUUUAUUUUAUUCUGAUUUUAUUGUGACAAUGUGUUCGAUCAGAGCCUUUAAGCGUAGAAGACUGGAUUUCGAAUCUGUUUAUGCAUCGAUUAUUUCGUUUUACUGUUGUGUAGACGGAAAACGAAUUUUAGCCUAAGUUUUAAGAAUGGAUUGCGUGGACGCAAAUAAAAAAUUUUACACUAAACUGCAUUUAUUGCACUUACUGAAAGUAGGACAACGCGCGUUAGAGUGUAGUAAAUGAGACAAAAUGGCAAUAUAUACAUAUAUGUAUUACUGUUUAAUUCGUUGCAGACUUUGACCGACAAAUGUUAAUCCCGAUGCGCGUUAAUAUCUUAGGUCAUGUAUUGUUAAAUUUCUAAUCUAUUCGAACGCGCUACCGAAACAUUCCAUAAACAUUAAUGACACCAAGCACAACACAGGCGGUUUAGAAUCGACCCAUGUUUUCUCAAGAACAUUAACUCAAUCAACAGGAAUUGCGUUUGACAGGAACUAGUUUGGAUCUUUCAAUACUCAUCUCGAAUAACACUUCAGUGUUAUUAAAACAAACUGAAAUUGGAAGCUGCCAAUAUUUUGAUCAUAACGGUGCAAAAGACAGACAUUUUUUUGAUAUACGCAACAAGCGCACUGUAUUUCCGUUUGCUAUUAUUAUUAUAAUUAUUAUUAUUAUUUCUUAGGCGUUUGAAUUUGUUUGACUCAGAAAAUUGAGAAAAUAUUUCUUGUCGAAACUCAAAAUCAUAUUCGUUCAGAAUAAGUUUGCCCAUAUUAAACAACAUAAACAAUUCGGAAAGUUGGAAUUGACGUUGUUUAUUUGAAAAAAUCUGUACGGAGGUACAUGAAAAGAUAAGGCAAUAAGAGAACUUUGAGCCGAACUUGACUACAUUGGAUAGAAAUUGUGUUCAAAAGAAAUUGAAAAAAAUAAGUUUUAGAGUAAAUCUCCCAAACUAACAUUGGCUACAAUUAUAACAAUCUUAAAUCCAAACAAAUCCAGGAACAAGUAACAAGUCAUCGGACUACAUAUACUCCGAUUUGGAUGAAACGUUGCACACGUCUUCAGCACAGCAAACCAUUUGUUUUUGCUCAGAUGGAGAGCAUAAUUCGACUCUAGACUAAUUUUCGAAAAGGACGAAUGUUUUCUGAAUGCAAUUUUAAAAAUCGUGAUUCGAAAACUGUUAAAUGUUAAAGAAAGAGUUGUCGGAAGUCAACCGU